UUGCUUGAAAUCGUACUGUGGUUUCAAGGUCCUUUUCGGUGCCCGGACGAAAUAUUGUUAUAGUGAGAUCCGCAUCUUUCGAUACUCGUAAAGAGAAUGUCCCCUGCAGAUAACAGUGAUGAUAUCAAUCCUGUUCCUGCAGAAACUGAUGAGGAGGAGAUUCCGGAAGAGGAAGCUGUGUGCAGAAUCUGUUUUGAUGAAUGUGAUGAUCAGAACACACUCAAAAUGGAAUGCAGCUGCAAAGGUACCCUACAGCUUGUACACGAAGCAUGCGCCAUUAAAUGGUUUAGUACGAGGGGAAACAAAAACUGUGAGGUAUGCGGACAAGAAGUGAGGAACUUACCUGUAACUCUGCUACGGGUGCCUACUACGGCUCGAAGGGGUAAUAGACAGAACGUUAAUCCACAGAGUUUUCCAUCAGAAACUGUGAGUGCCUGGCAGGAUUUUGUGGUUCUCGUGUUGAUUAGCACGAUAUGCUAUUUCUUCUUCCUUGAGCAACUACUGAUUCAGGAAAUGAAGAGAGAAGCAAAUAUGAUUGCCGCGCCAUUUGCAUUUGCCCUAGGCCUCUUAGCAUCCAUCUUUGCAGUUCUCUUAGCAAUCAAGGAGUAUAUAUGGACGUAUGCAGCUCUCGAGUUUGCAAUCGUCACGUUAACUGUUCAUCUAUUGUAUGAUGUGGUCCAUAUGAAGGCUGUUUUCGCUAUACUGAUUUCUGGAACGGUAAGUUUCGGGACAGCUAUGGCACUCAACUCAUUGUAUAUUUACUGUCUUGGUUGGCGAGCUCAAGUUGCCGGAAAUUCAAGCCCGGUGUGAUUCAAUCUAAUGACUGCGGUCUUAAAUGUAGAUAUACGUU